CCAGCCCCGAUAGCAGCGCCCAGUCCCGCCCCGGCCCCCGCCCCGGGGUGCUCGCCGCACGCCCGCCGGCCGCUCGGGCCUCCGGCGCUGAUCUCCGGCCGGCACCCACGCUCCAUCGCGGGAUCGAAACCCGCCUCCACCGCCGAGAUUCGGGGAGGUUCUCGGGAGCAAGGACACCCCCGCUUUGAACGCUGCCCUUUAACAACCUGGGACGAGGAUUAGGCGCGGCUGUGUUAAGUGAGGAGCAGGGAGCCAUUACGAGGACGCGGCGACCUAAAGCGGAGUGGAGCUGAGCGGCUGCUGCCUGGAGCUCUGCCUUGGCCCCGGGGGCCCCAUUGAGUGAGCGGCAUGUGGCGCCCCCAGGCCUGUCCAGCAUCCUUCUGCACGCUGCCCAGCACCCCCAGGAGGCCCUGACGCCCUGGGGCACUUCUGCUGUGCACAGGACCACGUGGGGGUUUGCCAUGGUGACAUAAAGGGGUGCGGAGGAAGGAAGGAGCGCAACCAGCCGUGGACUGCGCCCCUGGCUGGGAGGAAGGGCCAGGGCCCAGAUCCUCCUCUCCCCUGCCCACUGCGGGCCUCACUCACUGAGUCUCUGUGAAUCUCUUGGCUGGUGGACAACUCGGGCGUCUCCUCCUGCGUGGGGCCUUGGGGCAGGCCGGGGCCCUGGUGGCCACGGUCUCGGGGGCCAGGAUGCCCGCCCUGGCGCGCCUCCGCAGGUUGUGUCGGCACGUGUCCCCGCAGGCCGUCCUUUUCCUGCUGUUCGCCUUCUGCCUGUUCAGCGUUUUUGUCUCGGCCUACUACCUUUAUGGCUGGAAGCGGGGCCUGGAGCCCUCCGCGGACGCCCCUGAGCCUGACUGUGGGGACCCUCCUCCCGUGGCCCCCAGCCGCCUGCUGCCGCUCAAGCCCAUCCAGGCAGCCACCCCUUCCCGCACGGACCCGUUGGUGCUGGUGUUCGUGGAGAGCCUCUACUCGCAGCUGGGCCAGGAGGUGGUGGCCAUCUUGGAGUCCAGCCGCUUCAAGUACCGCACGGAGAUUGCACCGGGCAAGGGCGACAUGCCCACACUCACCGACAAGGGCCGCGGCCGCUUCGCCCUCAUCAUCUAUGAGAACAUCCUUAAGUACGUCAACCUGGAUGCCUGGAACCGGGAGCUGCUGGACAAGUACUGCGUGGCCUACGGCGUGGGCAUCAUUGGCUUCUUCAAGGCCAAUGAGAACAGCCUGCUGAGCGCGCAGCUCAAAGGUUUCCCCCUGUUCCUGCACUCGAACCUGGGCCUGAAGGACUGCAGCAUCAACCCCAAGUCCCCGCUGCUCUACGUGACCCGGCCCAGUGAGGUGGAGAAGGGCGUGCUGCCCGGCGAGGACUGGACUGUGUUCCAGUCGAACCACUCCACUUAUGAGCCAGUGCUGCUGGCCAAGACGCGCUCGUCUGAGUCCAUCCCGCACCUGGGCGCGGACGCCGGGCUGCAUGCCGCGCUGCACGCCACGGUGGUCCAGGACCUGGGCCUGCACGACGGCAUCCAGCGUGUCCUCUUUGGGAACAACCUCAACUUCUGGCUGCACAAACUCGUCUUCGUCGACGCUGUGGCCUUCCUCACGGGCAAGCGCCUCUCGCUGCCUUUGGACCGCUACAUCCUGGUGGACAUCGAUGACAUCUUCGUGGGCAAGGAGGGCACACGCAUGAAGGUGGAGGACGUGAAGGCCCUGUUUGAUACACAGAACGAACUACGGACACACAUCCCAAACUUCACUUUCAACCUGGGCUACUCAGGGAAAUUCUUCCACACAGGUACUGAUGCUGAGGAUGCGGGGGAUGACCUGCUACUGUCAUACGUGAAGGAGUUCUGGUGGUUCCCCCACAUGUGGAGCCACAUGCAGCCCCACCUUUUCCACAACCAGUCUGUGCUGGCUGAGCAGAUGGCCCUGAACAAGAAGUUCGCUGUCGAGCAUGGCAUUCCCACAGACAUGGGGUACGCGGUGGCACCCCACCACUCGGGCGUGUACCCUGUGCAUGUGCAGCUCUACGAGGCUUGGAAGCAGGUGUGGAACAUCCGCGUGACCAGCACGGAGGAGUACCCCCACCUGAAGCCAGCCCGCUACCGUCGUGGUUUCAUCCACAAUGGCAUCAUGGUCCUCCCGCGGCAGACCUGCGGCCUCUUCACACACACCAUCUUCUACAACGAGUACCCGGGUGGCUCCAGUGAGCUGGACAAGAUCAUCAAUGGGGGCGAGCUCUUCCUGACCGUGCUCCUGAACCCUAUCAGCAUCUUCAUGACACACCUGUCCAACUACGGGAAUGACCGCCUGGGCCUGUACACCUUCAAGCACCUGGUGCGCUUCCUGUACUCCUGGACCAACCUCCGGCUGCAGACGCUGCCCCCGGUGCAGCUGGCCCAGAAGUACUUCCAGAUCUUCUCCGAGGAGAAGGACCCACUCUGGCAGGAUCCCUGCGAAGACAAGCGCCAUAAGGACAUCUGGUCCAAGGAGAAGACGUGUGACCGCUUCCCAAAGCUCCUCAUCAUUGGCCCCCAGAAAACAGGUACCACGGCCCUCUAUCUGUUCCUGGGCAUGCACCCUGACCUCAGCAGCAACUACCCCAGCUCUGAGACCUUUGAGGAGAUCCAGUUUUUUAACGGCCACAACUAUCACAAAGGCAUCGACUGGUACAUGGAAUUCUUCCCUAUCCCCUCCAACACCACCUCCGACUUCUACUUUGAGAAAAGCGCCAACUACUUUGAUUCGGAAGUGGCUCCCCGGCGGGCAGCUGCCCUGUUACCCAAGGCCAAGGUCCUGACCAUCCUCAUCAACCCAGCGGACCGAGCCUACUCCUGGUAUCAGCACCAGCGAGCCCACGAUGACCCGGUAGCCCUGAAGUACACUUUCCAUGAGGUGAUCACUGCUGGGCCCGACGCAUCCUUGAAACUGCGCACCCUCCAGAACCGCUGCCUGGUCCCUGGCUGGUACGCCACCCACAUCGAGCGCUGGCUCAGCGCCUUUCACGCCAACCAGAUUCUGGUCUUGGAUGGCAAAUUGCUGCGAACAGAACCUGCCAAAGUGAUGGACACAGUGCAAAAGUUCCUUGGGGUGACAAACACCAUUGACUACCAUAAAACGCUGGCGUUUGAUCCAAAGAAAGGAUUCUGGUGCCAGCUGCUCGAAGGAGGAAAAACCAAGUGUCUAGGCAAAAGCAAGGGCCGGAAGUACCCGGAGAUGGACUUGGAUUCCCGUGCCUUCCUGAAGGACUAUUACCGGGACCACAACGUUGAGCUUUCCAAGCUGCUCUACAAGAUGGGCCAGACACUGCCAACCUGGCUCCGGGAGGAGCUGCAGAACACCAGGUAGCCGCGGCCCCCACCGCCGGACUGAAUGUGACGGCAGGGAUGUCCCGCCACACGCUGAGCCAGACUGACCUGCAGAGUGGGGAGUGGGACCCGGCUGGCCAAGCACUCACAGCAAUACUCCGCCAUGGCCCGGGCCAGCCAGGAGGAGAGCCCAGGCAGGUGCCCACGUGCCUCAGAGCAUCCAGCACGCCGUCGGUGGCCUCUCGGACCUCCCUUGCCACCUGCGGUCCGUUCCGCUCACAGUCUUUCAUGGGGAGGCCACUUUCUGUUGGUGGAAGGCCACAGGCUGGUAGGAAGGAGGCACAGGACUCUGUUCUCUGGCCCUCACUGUGUCCUACCCACCGCGCUCUCCCCAUCCAUUGCUCCCUGCCCCUGUAGGGUGUCCACUCAGUAUUAGCUGCCACGUCAUCUCUGUCCUCCUUUCAACAAGGACAAGGGUCCAGCUGGGGCCUCUGGCAAACCAGGGAGAGAAAUUGGACGUGUCACUGACAUUUCAAGCCAGGCUCUUCAGAGGGGUCAGCUGGAGGCAGCCACAGGCGGGGUGUGAGGGUGGCCGCCUUGAGAGAAUGCUGGACCUCCACACCCAUUGCGGCCCAUACCUUUGCAUCUCAUCUUCCUGCUUUGGGGAUAGAGCCGCUGGUUCAUACAAUACCCACCCGGUUCUCAAGGCCACCUUCAGGGCCCCAGGGUCACUGCCAUGCCAUUUGGACCCAGAGACCCAGUCCUCAACCCUGCCCUCUCUCUCCCCCUGGGCUAUGACAUGCGUGGUGUUUCCUGUGGUAAGAGACUGAGGCGGUCGUGGGGCCGGCUGUAUACAUGCUCCAGUGUACAUUUGUUGCCCCCAGGCCCCUGCCUUGACCCCAGGCAGAUGCUGGACAGAGUUGGUGAGACCACCACCUCUUCCUGACGCCAGCUCCCUGGGGCCAAGGGUACCUAGAGCUCCCCUUAACCUCCCAAGUACUAAGAAGCUAAAGUAUUUUAAUUUUUUUUUUUCUUGGUGCCAGAGUUUAU